AUGAACGCUUAUACAAGCAAUGUUAUCAACCUCCGCGAUUAUAGAGAUGGCAACAACGUAAUCCUCUUCUGCGCCAUUUCUGGACCUGAAAAACGUGACUACCUCAUCAAAGUCGCUCAGGAGAACAUGACAAACUCAGAGUACGUGCAUGUGCUACUAACCAUGAGAAGUGUCGGAUACGGAGUGCAGACUAGUGUGGGCAAGAAGACUUUCGCAAAUGGUCUAACACCUCUUUGGGAGUCGUUCAGUGUCGCCGCAGAUGGAAAUGAGACGAUGGCAAAGAGAGCGGCGGAGAAGAUGCUUGUAAUCGACGUGAACAGUGACGUGCAGGACACUGACUUCCUGCAAUAUCUCACAAAGAACAUUGCCAAUGCUGUGAGAGACCCACCAAUGAACUGUAACUCAUCGGCAUGUAUCAAUGCGUCGUCUACGUCAAUGGGCUCCUACGCCCGUCACCUCUUCGACGUCUUCUAUCUCUACGGACAAGCUAUCGACCGGCUCAACACCACUGAUCCGGCGGUCUAUCAGGACUUGGCUUAUUUGAUUCCUCAGUUGAUCACAAGUUUUGAUGGCAUGACGGGUCGGGUGCAAGUCAGCAAAACGCUCUACCGUGUCCCAUUCUACCAACUCUACGGUUUGGACGCCAACUACGAACAAAUCCCGCUCGUCAACAUGACAUUUUUCAACUCCUCUUCGACUAUGUCAAUGGGUUACACCACUGCAAACGAGGGCACCGCUGUCUGGCACUUCUGGGAUAACAAACGCCCGACUGAUUCUCCGAUUUGUGGAUUCUCCGGGAGGUAUUGUCCUGUCCAGUUUUGGGAUCAAUAUGGAGCCCUGGUUUUUGUCGCUGCAGUGGUCAUACUCUUUCUUCUAUUCAUAAUGUUUACAUGCGUUGCUUGUGUCCUUAGAAACCGAAGAUUGGAGCAAGAGCGUCUAAAUUCCGAAUGGCAGAUUCCUGCGAUCAAGUUGAUCAUGCCAGAAAGACACAAGAAGCCCAACAGUCGUCGCUCCAUAAAUUCCGGCCCAUCUACAGUAACCGGUGACUCGAAAAUGACAAUGGAUAGUGGCAUGGGAUUCCACGAGAACUACACCGUACAGAUGUACGAGAAGGAUUUGGUGUUGACUACCAAGCAUCAUGGCACUCAGUUGAGCAGGGAGGAUCGGGACAAGUUCGCGAGGCUGAGAAAAAUGGAUCAUGAUAAUCUGAACAAAUUCAUCGGUUUAUCGAUCGACGGUCCGAUGUAUGUGGCGGUGUGGAAGAUGUGUUCGAGAGGAUCGCUGCAAGAUAUCAUAGCGAGAGGCAACUUUUCGAUGGAUGGCUUCUUCAUGUUUUGUAUUAUAAGGGAUAUUGCGGAGGGCAUGAACUACAUCCACAAAACGUUCCUCCGAGUGCAUGGAAACCUCCGCUCUGCCACGUGCCUUGUCAAUGACAGUUGGCAAGUGAAACUAGCGGAAUUCGGUCUGGACAACCUCCUGGAAGAGCACACGCCAACCAAAAAACGAUUGCUAUGGGCGGCUCCAGAAGUUUUAAGGGGAUCCCUGACGGUUAGUCAGAUGGAGCCAAGUGCAGAUGUCUACUCAUUUGCUAUAAUUGCAUCGGAGAUUCUCACUAAACGGGAAGCAUGGGAUAUAGCGAAUCGGAAGGAGGGUGCCGAUGAAAUUCUGUACAUGAUAAAGAAAGGAGGUGGAUCUGGUGCUAUCCGACCAGAACUGAUACUUGACGCAGAAGUUAGUCCAUCCCUUACAACCUUAGUGAAGGAUUGCUGGGCGGAUGUACCAGAGGAUCGACCAAAGUCCGAGCAGAUUUGUAGACUGUUAUUCGAAAUGACACCAAAAGCUAACACAAACUUAAUGGAUCAUGUAUUCAAUAUGCUCGAGGAGUACACGACGACGCUGGAAGUGGAUAUAGAGGAGAGGACGAAGGAGUUGACAUUGGAAAAGAAGAAGGCGGAUAUCCUGUUAAGUAGAAUGUUACCAAAACAAGUAGCGGAACGUCUGAAAGCGGGUCAAACCGUCGAACCGGAAGGCUUCGACUCGGUGACCGUCUUCUUCUCGGAUGUCGUCAAAUUCACAAUUCUAGCCGCCAAGUGUUCGCCGUUUCAAGUGGUCAACUUGUUGAAUGACUUGUACAGUAACUUUGAUACAAUCAUUGAGGAGCAUGGUGUCUAUAAAGUGGAAUCGAUUGGUGAUGGUUAUCUGUGUGUCUCCGGAUUGCCCACAAGGAAUGGGUAUGCUCAUAUCAAACAAAUCGUGGACAUGUCACUGCAAUUCAUGGAGUACUGUAGGAAGUUCAAGAUCCCGCACUUGCCGAGGGAGCAGGUGGAGCUGAGGAUCGGUAUUAAUAGUGGCCCCUGCGUCGCCGGUGUCGUCGGUCUCUCAAUGCCCCGUUACUGUCUAUUCGGUGACACUGUGAACACCGCGUCCAGAAUGGAAUCCAACGGAAAACCAUCCAUGAUCCAUAUGUCAGAAGCAGCUCACUCAUUGCUCACUUCCCAUUAUCCCCAUCAAUACGAAACGAAUUCCCGUGGAGAGGUGAUAAUCAAGGGGAAAGGUGUCAUGGAAACAUUUUGGGUACUUGGAAAAUCCGGCGAGACCAACUCGUUGAGCACACGGACAACACCACCGGUGACCGAUGAGAAUUGGCCACCGCAGUUCAAGGAGGAGCAGAGGAAACGCGCGGUGACACCGUAUCCGGAGAGGGUGGUCACCACGGCAAAUCGGAGGAGGGACACGUUGCAUGUGACUGAUGCUUGA